CAUUCUUUCUCGACCGGCGCCGGACGGAAUUCAUUGGGUCUCACAUUUGGCGCAUUUCCAGUCGGGGGAUGGCUGUCCAAUAACCGACCCUACACUCCACACACCCUGUGUUACAAACACCAUCUCGAUCAGAUCCAGGAUUCCGCGCCACACCAUGGACGAUUCAUCUACUGACGGCGAUUCCCGCGUAGAGGGGCUAUUGACAGCACGUCAGGUGCUGACGAACGAGCUCCUAGAAAACCCUUAUGAUUUGGUCACCUAUCUGCGCCGAGCACUCAUCUACUCUGAUCUGGGCUACCCGGACCUUGCUGCGGGUGAUGCAUACCGAGCCUUGAUCCUUACAGACGAAGUUCGCGACCAAAGCUUCGAGUAUCAUGAAGAAGCGCUCGAAGCCCUUCAGAAAUAUCACGACGCACCACUUCCAUCAGUACUCGAUCAUGGACUUCUUGGCGAAAUGGCCGGGAACGAAGAUGCUCGCGAUGCAGAGACCUUGGCUCUGGUAGGCUCAGUGCGGGCAUAUCAGAUAUUGAGUCUGGGGUUACUUCUCGUUGGCUGCUUGAAGAGCGCGCACACUUUCUGCGAGCGUGGAUUGUCCGUAGCGCCAGCGAACCAGGAGCUUCUCAAUGUGCUUAGCUACAUCAAAACAGUUGCUCAGCGCAGACUGCGCUGGGAUACAUUCGAUUCUAGCCGUCUGCCAGAAUGGGGCAUGGUACGAAGAGAGGUCUAUCCCUGGAAUACCCAUGAACCAGACCGCUUCUCGGACGAGUCACUCGGCUUUCUCAACAAGGAGUUAUCCACGAUGGCACCGAAAUGUGAAGUUCAGGUGGCAACCCUGCCUGUAUUACUCGACGCUGACAGCGAUAUGGAUAAUUAUGAGGUUAUACCUACCUGCAAACAACUAGGUGUGUUCGCUAAAGAAGACAUCAACGGUGGCGAGAUUGUGCUUCAAGAAUACUCGCUCGUUACAGCCAAUAAUCGUCUGAAGGAAUCUGUCUGCGAUGCAUGCAGUGAAGAUCUUCCGCCUCUAGGCAGUGAGUCGACGGCAGUGAACUGUGACGAAUGCUAUGACACCGUGUUCUGCGGCCAAUUCUGUCACGACAAGGCUCAGGAACUGUAUCACCCUGCGGUGUGCGAGAAGGAUGUUGACUCCAUAGCCAAAGAUACGGACGCUAGAGAAUCGGAUGAGGCAUUGCACCUCCUGCUCCUUGCUCGUGUACUUGCCAUGGCUGCGCAUCAGGAGGUACAUCCCUUGGAUGUCAAUCAGAUCAAGUACAUUUGGGGUGACUUCGUUGCAUCAAAGUCAAACGAGAUCGACUUAUCACCAAACGCCGGACCUCCCCCUGAGUGGACGCUGCCGUUUUCCUUCAAGUACAACAUCGAAACCCCUUUUCAUAUUCUCGAGAAGAUGGACUUGAACAUAUACGCCAGUUUGUCAGAAUAUGACUUAUGGGUGCUAAAUACGCUCUAUAGCAAAUUCCGUGGAACUGCUUCCGCCCGAAAAAACCCACGAGAUGGAAGGCCCGACGUGGCUGCUGUACAUCCGUUCUGGUGCCUUGCAAACCAUGAUUGCGACCCAAAUGUCACUUGGGAUUGGGGAGGGCGCAUGGUCCUCAAGGCUAGGGAGACACGAGUUGUCGGAAAUAGGCCCGGAGGCAUCCGGAAAGGCGAGGAAAUCCUCAACCACUACUGCGACGUCAGCCUAUCCGUUCAAGACCGUCGGGAAUGGGCACGCGGGAGUUUAGGCGGCUGGUCGCUUAUUUCUAGUCAUCGGCGCCUAAUGCGCGAGAAGGGCGUCAAGCAUCCCUCCAGCGGUUGGUUCUAG